AUGGACGCGAUCGAGGAAAAAGACGAAUUCGCGUUGGGAGUGGAGACUCGGAUGAAAGCUCCCCUCGAAUGGCGCUCGUCGGCCGAAUGUAGAAUAUUGGACUUGAAGGAGUCGCAGUACGACGAAGCUUUGCGUCUGAUCAAACGCCACUUCUUUCGCGACGAGCCUAUGUGCAAGGCGUCCUCGUUGCUCCAAGAUGAAACGUCGGUGAACGGUUACCUGGAGCUCGUAAGAACGUGGAUGAAGGACACGACAAGCCUGAUCGCUACCAGUAUGAAAUCUGGCCGUGUGGUUGGAACGGUUGUCGCGCGAAUUAACAGCGACCCUGAGAAAACCGACACUUACCAUCGUGCGCAGAUCCUGCAAGGAGAGAGUCUGCGCAAGAUCAUGCAUCUGCUGAAUACGUUGAUCAAGCAAACGAAUGCGCACAAAACGUUCGGACAGCAGGAGUAUUAUUGCGUGUACGUUCUCUGUGUGCAUCCGUCUUAUCGAGAGAAAGGCGUGGAGAUCGCGUUGCUGAACGCUUGCGUGCAAGUUGCGGUGUCUUUGAGAAUACGAGCGAUCGGUGGCCUUUUCACGUGCGGCGCCAGUCAAGCAUGGGCGCGCAGCAUGGGCUUCGAACUUCUUUCCGAGAUCCGUUACAGUUUAUGGAUUCUCAACGAUCGAAUCGUCUUCGACGAUCCAGGAAGGGGAAAUUACUCGGCCGCUAUGAUGGGCAAGUUGAUAGCGCCGGAAGAAGAAUCGCAGGAUUCGAAAGAAGAUGAGGUAUCGUCCGUCGAUACAACGUUCGAACAAAUAAACUCGCUUGGCUGCAAGUAG